AAACUCUAUUCUCCACAAUCCUGAAAAUAUUAAAAUUUCUAUCCUGCAAUGACAAGUUGCAGAAUGCUUGAAGUUCAAUCAGAAGAUCAAGAUCCACAUAAAUGGUGCGUUCCGUUGAAGGAAGAUGUGUUUCAAACCUUCAUGCUCAAAGGUAGUCCAACAGUUCACAAGGUUUUUGGUGAUGGUUCGCUUUUCGGUCCAUUGCUGUUUGGAAAAUUUUUUGAUCCUUCCGAUGCCUUCCCACUGUGGGAGUUUGAGUCAGAUACACUAUUGUCCAAACUUCGGAGCUCUGGUCAGAGUACUGUUGACUGGUUGCAGACAGAUACAGAUUAUGUACUGAAAGCAGAACUACCAGAAAUUGGGAAGACUAGUGUUCAAAUUCAUGUCGAAAAUGGGAAGGUUGUGGAGAUUAGUGGGCAAUGGAAGCAGCAUAGAGAGUCCAAGACAAAGGACUGGAAAAGUGGGCACUGGUGGGAACAUGGGUUCGUUCGGAGGCUUGAAUUGCCAGAAAAUGCAGAUGGGAGGAAUAUAGAGGCACAUGUGAACAAUGGCAUAAUUUUAGAGAUGAGAAUUCCCAAGAAAACUUUGGAUUGUGAUAUUCCUCAAGGAAAAGAUGGCAAGGGUUCUGAAUCUGUUUAAGAUUUUCGCAUAAUUUACAUGGAAACUCCUAUGUUAACAAAUUAACUCAAUACAAUCUCUCUGUAAUCCAAAUACAUAUAAUAGUGGAUUGCAAAGCAAUAUGCUCAUACUGGCUCCUGCUAUCAGAAAGCAGCAUGUGAUAUGCUAUUGAAGAAUAUGAAUGAAUCAAUGAGGUGGGGA